AUGGAGAAGGCGAGGACUCAAACCCCACUCUUGGACACCGAAUCCACCCUGGAUUAUGGACACAGCCUUACCCAGGCAUCCUCGGAGAAGAUCUGGCGAGCCGGGAAGCUCCUCUUCAUCCACCUCACCAGCACCCGUCCUGGCCUCAUCCGGGACCACAAGCAUCACCUGCGGCACCACAGGCAGUGCUGCUCCGGGAAGGAGCUGGUGGACUGGCUGGGGGGGGGCGGGUGCGCCGUGCGCCCUGGUGGCCAAGCCGUUGGCAUCUGCCAGGUGCUGGUGGACGGAGGCGUCCUGACGCAUGUGAAGCAGGAGUGGCAUUUCCAGGACAAGGACACCCAGUUUUACCGCUUUGCCGAGCUGGAGCUGAGCCCUGAGCUCAACGCCGGGCUCCGGGAUGCCGAGGAGCUGCUGGAGGCGCUGGCCUUCCUGGCCCAGCUGGGUCCCGACGCGCUGCUCACCAUGGCCCUGCGCAAGCCGCCUGCCCAGCGCACAGAGGACGAGCUGGAGCUCAUAUUUGAGGAGCUCCUGCACAUCAAAGCCGUGGCUCAUCUCUCCAACUCGGUGAAGCGGGAGCUGGCAUCCGUGCUGAUGUUCGAGUCGCACCAGAGAGCAGGCACCGUGCUGUUCAGCCAAGGAGAUAAAGGCACGUCGUGGUACAUCAUCUGGAAGGGCUCGGUGAACGUGGUCACCCACGGCAAGGGCUUGGUGGCCACCCUGCACGAGGGGGACGACUUUGGGCAGCUGGCGCUGGUGAACGACGCGCCCCGCGCGGCCACCAUCAUCCUGCGGGAGGACAACUGCCACUUCCUCCGCGUGGACAAGCAGGACUUCAACCGCAUCCUCAAGGAUGUGGAGGCCAACACCAUGCGCCUGAAGGAGCAUGGGAAGGUGGUGCUCGUCCUGCAGAAGAACCUGCAGGGUGGCAGCAACCAGCCAGCCGCAGCGCGGAGCAGCAGGUACUUGGUGAUGGCCGGGACGCCGGAGAAGAUCCUCGAGCAUCUGCUGGAGUUCAUGAGGCUCGACGCCACGCUCUACGACCCCGUGGAUAUGCUGCUGCGGGAGUUCCUGGUGACUUACACCGUGUUCAUGCCGACCUCGCAGCUCUGCAGAGCCCUGCUGCACCAUUUCCGCGCGGAGCCACUGGAGGGCUCGGAGCAGGAGAAGGCCACCUACUCCCUGCACAAGCGCCGGAAGAUCCUGCGGCUGGUGAGCCAGUGGGUGCUGCUCUACGGGCGUCUGCUGCAGGGCGACCGCAGCACCAUGGCUCUGCUGCAGAACCUCGCGGACCUGGCAAGCCGGGACCCCCGCCUGGGCGGGCUGGUCCAGGAGCAAGCGCAGGACCGCCGGCGGCCCCGAGCGCUGGAGAAUGGCGACGGCAGUGUUUCUCCGCAGCCCAAGGCUCGGAGCUCGGUGAACUGGCUCUCAAGCCAGGAGGAGGCGAUUUUAAACAGCAGCUGUGCCUUAAGAGCCCAGGACAAAGUGCCCUACGAGAUCUACAGACCGGACCACUCGUGCCUGAUCACAGUGCUGCCCAUCAACGCCUCGGUGCGGGAUGUCCUGCGGUCCCUGGCCCCCCGGCUCGGCCGGGACGGGGAGCACAUCCUGGUGAAGGUGAAUUCGGCCGGAGAUAAAGUAGGGCUGCAGCUGGACGCCGUGGGGGUGUUCACGGCGCUGGGGCUCAACGAGAGGCUCUUCGCUGUGAGCGUGGAGGAGCUGGGUGGCCUGACCCCCCACCCUGAGCAGUUGGGCCCCCACGUUGGCUCCUCAGAGACCCUGGACCUCAUCAGCUCCAAGGACCUGGCCAGCCACCUCACCGACUACGACUGGAACCUCUUCAAGAGCAUCCACCAGGUGGAAAUGAUCCACUACAUCAUCGGGCCGCAGAAGUUUCACGACGUGACUACGGCCAACCUGGAACGGGUCAUGCGGCGCUUCAAUGAGCUGCAGUACUGGGUGGCCACGGAGCUGUGCCUCUGCCCCGAGGUGGGCAGGCGAGCCCAGCUCCUCCGCAAGUUCAUCAAGCUGGCCGCACACCUCAAGGAGCAGAAGAACCUGAAUUCCUUCUUCGCGGUGAUGUUUGGUGUGAGCAACACGGCCGUCAGCCGCCUGGCCAAGACCUGGGAGAGGCUGCCCCACAAGAUCCGGAAGCUGCACUCGGCACUGGAGCGGAUGCUGGACCCGUCGUGGAACCACAGGGUCUAUCGCCUGGCCGUCGCCAAGCUGAGCCCCCCCAUCAUCCCCUUCGUGCCCCUCCUUCUCAAAGACAUGACGUUCAUCCAUGAGGGCAAUCGCACGCUGGCCGAGAACCUCAUCAACUUUGAGAAGAUGCACAUGAUGGCAAAGACGGUGCGCGUCCUGCAGCGCUGCCGGGGCCACGCGCAUGCUCCGCUCUCCCCGCUGCGAAAUCGCUCCCCGCACCGGCCAGAGGACCCCAAGGCUGUCAGGAUCUCCACAUGCUCGGAGCAGUCCCUGAGCGUGCGGAGCCCCGUCUCCACCUGGGCGUACCUGCAGCACCUGAAAGCCAUCGACAGCCAGAAGGAGCUGCUGCGGCUCUCCCACGACCUGGAGUCCUGA